AUGGCAGCAAACAGCGGUACAACUCUCGUUAUGAGCGAAGGCUAUAACGAAAACUCUCGUCCUCAGUUAGUGUCAGUUGAUUCAACAAUCUCAUAUAUUCGUGAAGCAGUCGACAUGCUCGAUAUUCAACCUUCUUCUUCUCCUCUCAUAAUUGCCGAUUUUGGUUCAGCGCAUGGAUACAAUUCAAUGCAUGCCAUGAAGAUGAUUAUCCAGUGUCUGAAAGAGGUCAACAAAGUGGAAGACGAAAAACAAAUUCUUGUUGUUCAUAACGAUCUACCCACCAAUGACUGGAUAACGCUUUUCGAUCUUCUUAAUAAAGAUAAUUCGUAUCAUGGUGUGGCUAACGGUCGAUCUUUCUAUGAAUCGUGUCUACCUCCAAAUUCCCUCUCCAUCGGUUAUUCGUCCACUUCGCUUCAUUGGCUUUCGCGUAAACCAUGCAAUAUAUCAAAUCAUUGUUCAUCGCUAUUUGCUCAAGAUGACGAACUCAAAGCAUUCCAGGAACAAGCUCGUCUUGAUUGGACUAAUUUUCUUGAGCAUCGGUCACGUGAAUUGAUUACUGGUGGUAUACUUAUUCUUCUUAUUCCUAGUAUUGAUGAUCGAGGAUCGAAUGGUUUCGAUAUUGUCAGAAAAAGCCUCUAUAAAUGUGCUCAGUCGCUGCUUACUACGCAAGAACUACUUGAUUAUACAUUCCCGAUAUAUGCUCGUUCAUAUUCAGAAUGUAUCGAUGAUCAGCUCUUCGCUCGUUGUUCAUUAAAAUUGAUUAAAUCUAAUUUUGGUUCAGUUAAAAUGCCUUUUAUCAAACAAUGGCACGACGGAGAAAUGACACUGGAUGAAUUUGCUCGAUCAAUAACAUUAUAUAUUCGUAGUUGGUCUGAACUGACUCUUAAACAAGCACUAUUAAUAAAUAAUCGAUCGAAAAAAGACAUUGAACAAAUGUUAAAUCAAUUUUGGUCUUUAUACGAUCAAGAAGUAAGAAACGAAUUUCAUAAAGUAUUAGAUCUUUGUAUGAAUUAUACCUAUUUGGUGAUAGAUCUACAUUCUCGUGUCUUACGUGGUUUAGUAACGGUACAAACUCGUGAAGAAAAUAAUCCAGUAAGACAGUCAUCUGAAAAGAAAGAAAAAGAAAAAGUUUUUGAUAACCGUUGUUGUAACUAG